AUGUCUUUCUUUUCGAAAGUCAAGGGCGCCAAAAAGGCGGCAGAUACCCACAAGGCAAAGAUGGAAACCGAGGACAAGCCUGCUGCGGCUCCUUACAAACAUGUUCCUACUCAUGCCGCUACCGAUGCCAUGACUAGCUCACCUGGAGGUUGGAAGUCUGAGGAAAUCGCAUACCAAAACAAAGCUCGCCUCAGCAGGAUUGGCAGCGACUAUUCUACUCGUCCUUCUACGUCAUACACCACCACCACAACACGAUCAAGCAGCAGACCAGGAUUCAACAGAGCCAACAGUGAUUCAUCCUUGGACUUCACCCCAUCUCUGCAUGGUUUCUCAGCACCUCUCAGAUCAACAGGCUCAUCCAUGAAGUCGGCUGCCAUUUCACGCAACACCAGUUUCCAAGGUCUUGAGAAGGUCAUGGAAGCCAACGAUCGCGACCAGGAGCCUGUUUUCGCUGCCGCAUUACUAGCCAACAGAACCAAGGCAUCACGCUCUCCUCGUGGCUCGACCCGAAGCUCGCUAGGCAAGAGCCCCUUGUCCAGUGUUGGUAAGUUUAUCGUGGUCAAAUUGAGCUCAGAUCAGCAGCAGUUAAUUAUGCACCUGUUCUUGAGAUGCAUUCCGAUCGUAGAGCCCACCAGAUGCCUGAUGAGAAACAACAACCUCAACGCAAAUACUUCGGACACAACAAGGGACCUAUGUCUGAGACCAAGGACAUCCCUGCUCCCGCACCUGUCGUGGUCAAGAAGGAACGUUUCUCCUUCUUGA